AUGUCACGUCGUUACGAUUCUAAGACUACAACCUUCUCUCAAGAGGGGAGACUCUACCAGGUGGAGUAUGCCCUCGAGGCUAUAAACAAUGCCAACCUUACCGUCGGCCUUCUAUGUGACCGUGGAGUAGUCCUUGCAGCUGACAAACCUAUUAGUACACAGCUCCUGGACCCAGGGAGAAUUAAUGAGAAGCUAUACAAGUUGGAUUCUCACAUGUUCUGCGCUGUUGCAGGAUUGACUGCUGAUGCAACGGUUCUUAUAAACAUGUGUAAGCUUUACGCGCAACGACAUCGUUAUACUUUUGGCGAACCUCAGUGUGUUGAGCAGCAUGUUGUGCAAAUUUGUGAUUUAAAACAGAGCUAUACCCAAUUUGGUGGCCUUCGACCAUUCGGGGUCAGUUUCCUUUUCGCCGGUUGGGACUCACACCUGGGGUUCCAACUAUAUCAUACUGACCCUUCUGGUAACUAUUCAGGGUGGAAGGCUACAGCUAUUGGCCACAACAGUCAACCCGCACAAUCUAUGUUACGUCAAGAAUGGAAAGAGGGUCUUGAUUUGGAUGAUGCUUUGCAUCUUGCCGUUAAGGUGCUUACUAAAUCUAUGGAUUCAACUUUACCAAAAGCAGACAAGAUAGAGGUUGGGAUUCUUUGGAGGGGGCCAUCGGGUGACUCUAAACCAUCUGUAGAGAUGGUCUCUGAGGACCGUGUUGCGGCAAUACUUGCUAAGGUUACUGCCGAAGCUGCUGCUAAGGCUGCAGAGUCGGAAAACUCGAUGUGA